AUGUUAUGGGCUUGUAAUACACAAUUCGACUACACAUUCAUAUCCCGAGCUUUUCUGUCUGAUUCUUCUGUGUCUCUAUUUAUAAUGGGUAACCGCAUGAUUUACUUCACGUUGGGACUUUUCCUAUUGAUAUGUUGUUACAGUGAUAAUGUCAUGGCAGCGGAUUCCGAUCCCUUGCAAGAUUUCUGCGUCGCAGACAAGGAAAGCAUGGUUAAGGUGAACGGGUUCGUUUGCAAAGAUCCCAAGGAUGUUUCGGCAGAGGACUUCUUCUUCGGGGGACUUGGGCAGGCAGGGAACACCGACAAUGCAGUGGGCUCAAAUGUAACGAUGGCCAAUGUUAUGCAGAUACCAGGCCUCAACACCUUCGGAAUAUCGUUGGUCCGUAUCGAUUACGCAGUGGGUGGAAUAAAUCCUCCUCACACGCACCCAAGAGCCACUGAAGUUCUUGUUUUACUGGAAGGCCAGCUUCUUCAGAAUGUGGGGCAUGAAAAUGCGGUGGCCAUAGCUGCAUUGAGCAGCAAGCUUCCGGUAGCUCAGACAAUCGCCAACUCUCUGUUUGCAGCGGAUCCUCCACUCCCAGAUUCCGUAUUGGCCAAGGCCUUCCGCAUCACCCAAGAGCUUGUCGAUUUCAUUCAGAAGAAAUUUGCAUAA